CUUUGUCCCACACUUGCACGAACUGUGAAGAGCUGACUAACACCCCUCUCAAGUUCAACAGGAGGGCAGUGGAGGAGGUGGUGCGCACUGUUGAGUAGUUUCCUAGUCGUCAUGACGACCUCACACCCCACCAUCUCCAGAGCUGUCUUCCUGUUGCCACGGUGACCUGAGCCCGUUCCAUCUCCACUCCUCUCGAUGAUCCGGAUUGGGCUGAUAAAGGAGAGCAAUCCAGGAGCGCCUUCUCCUUUCCCUGAAAACAGCUUGUGGAUGGGACAGAGGAUCACACGCUCGGACGAGGAUCGGAGGACGGGAAGGCGCUGCGUGCUGGGAAUGCUGUGGGAGUAACACUGGAGCGUUGCCUGGAAACAGCAGCAUGCCAGUACAACAGAUAACUGUGGUUCCGGCAAGGGAGACUGCCAGCAACGGCAAGCGUGCUCCUCGCUCCAAAGACAAGACCGAGGGGAGGAAGGCCCCUGGGCGCUCGGGGAGUCGAUCCAGCAACAUCUCCAAGGCCAGCAACUCAACAGCAGGACUAACUACAGCUUCAAGAACAUCAAUCACCCCGUCUUCUCAGGACAUAUGCAGUUCUGGCCAGCUGCCCCGUUUAGAAGAAGAUGCUUCUGAAUCUCACAAACACAGCAAGCACACACACACCUCUGUGAUGACAGUCACCAGCACAGCUCUGGGCUCGUCCGCCCAGGCCCAGAAGAAGCAGGUGAAGCGCCGUCACCGCCGCAAGAGGAGCAGCUGCACCGCCCUCAACUGCGUGGAAAGCAACGCCAAACAGGAGCAGACCGACCGCAGCCUCAGCUCUGACCGCAGCGAGCGCGGGGAGAAGAGGGAGCGGCCUUCAAAGAACCGGAGGGAGCUCCCUCCUCGCCUCCGCUGCUCAGGGCCGCAGUCAGACACCACCUCUGAGGAUGAAGCGUGGCGUGAAGCCCGCAGCUGGAGCAAAGAGAAAGCCCGAAGAGUGCGCCGCCGCAGCGGAAGCAGCCGAGAGAGAGACGGGCCAAACGCGGGUAAAACAGGGAAAGACAAAGUGGAGAUCAUGGAGCUGCAGUCGCUGGGCUCAGAUGAAGGGAAGGAGAACCAGACUGUGUUGGAGGAGGGCGGAGGCCUUAAGAAGCGGCACAGCAGUAGGGCCUCGAUGAAGAGAGACGGCCACGUUUCACCAAGGGAAGGAUCGCAGAGCAGAGACAAGGAGAAGAGCUACAAGUCACGCAGCCCAGAAGGCAGCUCCUCAUUGGCGGAGGACGGCGAAGAGCUCAUCACUAAGAGAUACCAGGAAAGGGGGUCGGGGGGUGGGGACAUGUCAGUGCCCACACCACAGAAACACUGCGGGAUGAAUGGAGGCGCGCCACAGCCCUUCUCUGAUGACUCUGAGCUGGAGGUCUGCAGAAUCUGCCACUGUGAGGGGGAUGACGAGUGCCCGUUGAUAAUGCCUUGUCGCUGCACGGGGAGCCUGAGUUUCGUCCACCAGGGCUGUCUCAACCAGUGGAUCAAAUCUUCAGACACUCGCUGCUGUGAACUCUGCAAGUUUGACUUUGUUAUGGAGACGAAGCUCAAACCUUUACGCAUGUGGGAGAGGCUACAGAUGACGAAGAACGAGAGGAGGAAGAUCUUCUGUUCAGUGUUGUUUCACCUGAUAGCAAUAGUGUGUAUGUUGUGGUCAGUCUACGUUCUGGUCAAGAGAACCAUUGAAGAGAUCAGACUUGGGAAGAACGAGAAUUUAUGGAGAGUUUCUCUUCUGAAGUACUAUUCGCCACAGGGUGUGCUGGAGUGGCCCUUCUGGACCAAGCUGAUUGUGGUGGCCAUCGGCUUCACAGGCGGCCUCAUCUUCAUGUACAUCCAGUGUAAAGUCUACCUGCAGCUGUGGCGCCGCCUCAAGGCCUUCAACCGCAUCAUCACCGUGCAGAACUGCCCCGAGAAAGGCCUGCACAACUGCCAGGCCCGGCCCAGCGCGCUGACCAAUGGCACGCACGAAACUGUGGAGGUUCCAGUCAGUCCGGCCCCCGUCGCGGCUCCAGAGCCACAGAUGGAUUCAGACAUGUCAGUGGAGGACGCAGUGGCGCCGGCCCAAAACCCCGUCUGACUGAUUCUCCUCCCACUCGAGAGUCCUGACUCACACCCGGCUCAUCCGACAACACGAGUUGGUGUGAGAGCGGCGUGAUUUAGAGCCGUACAGUGUUGUAGUGUUCAGCUCCUGUGAUUACUGAAUCUUGAGACGCACACAAAGGAUGGAUUUUAAAGUCCUUCAGUGAUCAAGGAAAAACUGAAAGGCUGAAGGGCUGCAAGUGAAUGUGUGAAGGAAGGAAAGUGCUAAUGGAGAAAAGAGGAAGUGAGAAGAUGUGAAGGGACAGGAAAAUAAAGCCAUCAGCAGGAGAAGUUUGUAAAAACUGUAGUUAUGUGAUACAUUGAGUUUUAUUCCUGUAUGCACUUUCUCAAACUGCACUGACACGAGUCCUGUGGAUGCUAUUAAAGGUCUCAGUAUGCUUCAAACGACCCGCAGACGAGGUUCAAAAGCAUUCAUAGAUUUAAAUGUGGUGUCUCAGAGACGAUAAAGUCCCUCCUCACAGACGUUUAUGGCGUUCAGUUGUACACACAAGACGAGAUGAAGAUGUAGUAAUGUGAAGAGCUUGAGGAAAGAAGUUACCUGAAGUGGAUAAAGGCACAUGUGAAAGUGGGUUUCAGAUGCUGUUACCACCAAAUUCCACCGGGCACGGGUGUGACAUGUUCGAGCUGCGCCGUGGCGGCUGGAGCUGGAGACAAGCCUCGUGAUUCCACCAGAAGCGUCUCUCCGCAGAGAAUACAGUGUCGAUCUGUUUUUGACAGCUCAAGCAGCACCGAGCAGAUCACAGACACAGAAACAUCAUAGAGAAUCUGGUAAGUUUUCAAAAUAAAAUACCCCGUGCAGACUGUGGAUUUAAUUUCAAGCUACAGCAACAUUGUGGCACCAGAAGUCAAUCAGUCAGAGAAGAUUUGACGAUGAGAAGUUCAUCCUGGAAGUGGAAAAACACACCGAUUUGUAUCUUUUUUUAAAGGACAAAAUACAACAACAGCGGAGAGACGAGACGUUCUGCUUCUGACGCGCGUGGAUCACGGACCCGAACCACGUCACAGACGCGACAGCAUAAAGCCGCGUCCGGUGGAAUUUCAGGGUUUAGACAAUCCAACAAGCACUUUGUUUGAAGCAUACCGAGGGCUUAACUCUCCUUCUGGACAAUCAGGUCUUCAGACACCAAAGAGUCAGGUAUCAUCAGUAGAGAAAUUAUUAUUUGAACAAUAUCUUUAGCUCAGUCUGAAAAAAAGAUUAAUUUAUUUACUAUCAUAGGAAAGUUAUAAAUAAAUAUUUCUUUAAAAAAAAAAAGUAAAUCUCAAGUAUCCCAGUUGUUUAUUGACAGUUUGCAGCUUUAUGUGGUCCCGCUCCGCGAGGUCCCCGGUAUUUAUACAUUGAUGUAACUAAAGCUUUCAUGGUCGUCAUCCGUUAGACUUUACACACAGUGCGAGUGACCAGUCAACAAGGUGACUGUUGUUUACACUUGUCAACUUUUCUACAGGUUUUAAUUUUUACCAUCGUCACUGUCACAUCACAGGCAAAGUUUAUUUUCUCUGUCUUAUAUCCACCAACAACAUGAGAACACCCAACAUCAAUGUCAGAAACCUUUUUUCUUUCCUAUCCGGUUGGUUAAAGUUGAAUAUUCAGGUUACACGAUGGAUGUUUGUUUGUGCAAUAAACAAUGAAUGUAGAAUCCCUCAAA